AUGAAACCUGAAGUUUUAGAACAUGAUGACAAGGAAAAUCUCGUCGGAGACGUAAUUGGAGAUACGGCUUAUAGCGAGCGGUUUGUCUUAAAAAUUCUUUUGAAAUUGGCUAAUUUAGACACGCUCAAAGAUGAAAUCCAGAACCAGCUGUUUGAGGAUAACCUAUGUACUCUGUGGGAUAUGACUGCGGAGCGAGAUGUAGUCCUCUUUCUACAGAGACAUAAUUUCCUCAGUCUUCUGAGCUUUGCGUGGCCCAUCGUCGAAUCACCGCGUACUGCUGAAGUUGUUGUCGGCAUAAUUGCAAACAUGUGUUGCCAGAAGGAGGCAGUAACUAGUCUUAUACAACUUGGCCCAUUUUUGAAAUCUCUAGUUGAAUGCAUAAAGGGUAAUGACAGUUUAGUCCUAGUACAACUCCUGCGUCUCAUAAACUCAAGCCUAUUCCUAGCUGAUAGUGAACAUGUACCUAUUUGGAUGAGACUGUUCAUAGAAGUGGAAUAUUCAAAUUAUCUAUACUUCAUCUUGAAGAAUUCAUCACACAAGGACCUAUUAAUAAACGCAAUAGAGAACUUUAAUACUAUAUGUAGUUAUUGCAAUGUAGAAGAGUUGAGGUCUGAUUUUUUCAGUCACUUUGUUAGUGUAGAAGCACUUGAAUCAUUGUUAAUUGGAUAUGUUGAAAUCACAGAGAAACAAAAAGAUCUCUGUGAGAAGGAGCAAUUUGAACGAAUACUAUUAAUAAGUAUACAGGUCACUCUAAAUCUAGUUGGCUUUGACAAAUCUGUUGGUAUAUUUAGUGACAACAAACAGGAUGUACUGAAAAUGAUAUCACUGGCUUUUAAAUAUUAUGAAGGUAAACUUGCUAGUAUGAAAGAGAUUGACAUGGACUUGGUAGAUAUAGUGGCGUCAACAAUAACAGUAACAACUAUUCUCAAUAUCAAUGAAAUUAGUGAUGUUAACCAUUACUUUAAAAAAAGUUAUAAGAUGUGGAAGACUUUGCAUUAUAUGAUUGAGGCUGAAGAAGAGUCUUUUGAUGAUGACCGUGAAGAUCUAACCAAUGUCUCUAAGCAGUUAAAGACUUCUUUAAGCAUGCUGAUGUUUGUCUACAUGAAGUAUAGUAAGGAAGAUAAUUUGCUUAGUGCUCUAGACGAAGUUAACAGUGACUUUGAUGAAAUAUCUUCUUUUGUAGAAGAUAAAUCUAUUUUAAAUGUUGUCAAACAAAGAGUGUCAUCAUACAGGACGAGAUUAAAAGAAACUGUUGUUGGCUGUUGA